CAUGGGCGGGAGAUGGGUGUUUUGGCACCAGCUCCUCGAGCACUGCGAGCGGGGCGAUCUGAUCGAGAUCGACCGCAGGACGUACUACCACUGGUGCGUCUACAUCGGGCAGGGGGACGUGGUGCAGCAGCGCCUCCUAUCGGUAGGUCAGUGGCACUGCAGGUCGCCAUGGGCGGGAGAUGGGUGUUUUGGCACCAGCUCCUGGAGAACUGCGAACGCGGAGACCUAAUCGAGAUCGACCGCAGGACGUACUACCACUGGUGCGUGUACAUCGGGCAGGGGGACGUGGUCCACCUCACUGGGGUCGAUUCAAACGACGGGAAACCUGGAGGCUCUAAGCCAAGCUCUUCCUCCGCAUCUUCCGCCAGCGUGUUCGGGGAGACUGCGCUGGUACGCCGACAACAUCUCAGGGACGUGGCUGGGAACGACCGGUGCCGGGUAAACAACAAGUGGGACGGCAAGCACGAACCCCUAGAGCCGGACGAGGUGGUGGCAAUGGCGGUGUCGUGCGUCGGGAUGGAGAUGUCAUACGACGUGGUCGGGAGGAACUGCGAACAUUUCGUCACCGCCUCCCGAUACGGGCGGUCCGGAGGGUUCAGCGAUCAGGCGAACAACGCCGUGGCGGCAGUGGGCGGAGUCACCGGCGGCCUCAUCAUCGGGUUCCUGCUCAGUAUGUUCUUCGGCCGGCGGUGACGUCAGGACGGAGAAUGACUGAGCACAAGUCGAUGUAAACGCACAGCUAUUACUUGUAAACAAUUUGUAUGUGUAUAGCAAGAAACAAGAACGGAGGUUUCCCCUCCAAAUAUUUAUGAGCUACUAGAGAUGAUUUAAAUCUUGUACAUGUAUCUUAAACUCCAAUCUAGACAGUGUGCCCUGAAACUAUGCAAAGUUGUCACUACCGAGUAAAUGUACAUAUGUAUUAAACUUAAAGCGACCAACACAAUACCAUGCAUGUUUUAGCUAAUAUAAUACUUGUACAGCUUAUGCUAUAUUCUUAUUCUUCGUUAAAUAUGUGAUCAUUAUGCUAAUUGCUAUCAUGUUGUUUUCCCAUUGAAUCAGUGCGAAUACUGGUGUCUUAAAAUACGUACAAGUUACUUGAUAUAGGUAUUAGGUAAUAAAAACAAAAAUGAAAAGAAAAUGUAUCUGAGCUACAUAUAUAUAUAUAUAUAUACAACAUA